AUGGCGGAUAGUGGGAAUGAGAACAAGUUUGGAAUGUGGCAGAAUAUCCUCCGUCAUCAUCACAACUCUUUUAAAUCCCUUUUCCAUCGCAACAAGCCUUCUUCCUCCGACGCCGACGCUUCCGAUGACUCCGCCAAUUCCCCCAAACCCAUCCCUCAGCUCUCUCCUCUCGCCAACUCCGUCGUCUCUCGCUGUUCCAAGAUCCUUGGAGUGUCUACACAGGAAUUGCAACACGCAUUUGAUUCGGAGCUUCCCCUCGGCGUCAAAGAGCUUCUCACAUAUGCUAGAAACUUAGUGGAGUUUUGUUCCUAUAAGGCGCUUCAUAAAAGAAGCAGAACCUCUGAUUAUUUGAGCGACAAUGAAUUCCGUCGUUUAACCUAUGACAUGAUGCUUGCCUGGGAGGCACCCAGCGUUCACAUUGAUCACGAACACGAAACUGGUACUGGCAGUAAAGAUGAAACUGGAGGGGAUGAGGAUGAGGGCUCCUUGUUUUAUUCAAGUUCCACAAAUAUGGCACUUCAGGUCGAUGACAAGAAAACGGUUGGUUUAGAGGCUUUCUCACGGAUAGCUCCUGUGUGUGCGCCUAUUGCUGAUAUAAUAACCGUUCACAAUCUCUUUGAUGCGCUCACCAGUGCUUCCGGAAACCGACUUCAUUUUCUUGUUUAUGAUAAAUAUAUAAGAUGCCUUGAUAAAGUUAUCAAGAAUUCUAAAAAUGUGCUGGCUACUUCUGUUGGAAAUCUUCAGCUUGCCGAGGAAGAGAUUGUCCUUGAUGUUGAUGGGCCAAUUCCAACUCAACCGGUUCUUCAACAUAUUGGGAUAUCUGCAUGGCCUGGGCGGUUGACCUUGACCAAUUAUGCUCUGUACUUUGAGUCACUUGGAGUUGGUGUGUAUGAGAAAGCUGUUCGAUAUGAUCUGGGCACAGACAUGAAACAGGUCAUUAAGCCUGACUUAACUGGACCUCUCGGUGCUCGCCUUUUUGAUAAAGCUGUGAUGUAUAGUUCAACUUCUGUAGCAGAGCCUGUUUAUUUUGAGUUCCCUGAAUUUAAAGCAAACUUGCGUCGUGACUAUUGGUUGGACAUUAGUCUGGAGAUCCUACGUGCGCAUAAGUUUAUCAGGAAAUUCUCCCUUAAAGAGCCACAGAAAUCAGAAGUACUUGCCAGGGCUAUUCUUGGAAUUUUCCGCUGUCGUGCAGUUAGAGAAGCUUUCAAGUUUUUCUCAUCCCACUAUAAAACUUUACUCACUUUUAACCUAGCUGAAACUCUUCCACGGGGAGAUAUGAUCUUGGAAACACUGUCAAAUAGCUUAACAAAUUUGACCGCUGUUUCUGGUAAACGUGAUAUUCCUGGGUCUGUAGAUUCUAAAAGGCAACUGGCAGUGUCUCCAGCAUCACUUGUGGCACUCGUCUGUCUGGGAUUCAAAUCAAAUAAGGUGGACGACGUUUAUGAAGAGACAAUGGUUGCUGGUGAUAUCCGAGUAGGUGAGAUAAAUCCCUUGGAAGUGGCAGUGAAACAGUCCCUUCUGGACACUGGAAGAGCUGAAGCUGCACAGGCAACCGUGGACCAAGUGAAGGUUGAAGGCAUUGAUACAAAUGUUGCUGUAAUGAAGGAACUACUAUUCCCUGUCAUUGAAUCUGCUAACCGACUACAGCGUUUGGCCUCGUGGAAAGACUUUUACAGAUCAAUGGCCUUUUUGCUACUCUGCUGUUAUAUGAUUUUAAGGGGGUGGAUCCAGUACUUAUUGCCAUCCAUUUUUGUGUUCAUUGCAAUUCUCAUGCUCUGGCGUAGGCAUUUCAGAAGGGGAAGAUCAUUUGAAGCCUUUAGAGUAACACCUCCCUCAAAUCGAAAUGCAGUAGAACAGCUGCUAACAUUACAGGAGGCCAUUGCACAGUUCGAGUCACUUAUUCAAGCUGGAAAUAUUACUCUCCUAAAAAUAAGAGCUCUUCUUCUUGCUAUAUUGCCACAGGCCACAGAGAAGGUUGCACUAUUACUGGUUUUCAUAGCUGCAGUGUUUGCUUUUAUUCCUCCAAAAUACAUAAUUUUGGUGGUAUUCAUUGAGUGUUACACAAGGGAGAUGCCAUGUAGGAAAGAAAGUAGUGAUAGAUGGAUUAGGCGAAUUAGAGAAUGGUGGGUCAGAAUACCAGCAGCUCCUGUCCAGCUCAUUAAGCCUGACGACUGCAAGAAAAGAAAAUGA